UAGCUGGAGAUACGAUCCAUUUCUUGCCGCUGCUCACAAAGAGUGUUCUAACCUCUCACCUCUCCUACAACGAUACAACCUCAAGCAUUACUCUACCGACCCUCUAAACAGCAGUCCACCACCCACACCACUCACACGAUGUCCAAACCCUCAAAAUCCUCCUCCUCAUCCUCCUCCUCCUCCCGCACACCCACAAAACGAAUCCUCACCGAACUAACCGCCUUCAACACAACCUACCCACCGACCUCCCCACACCCCUCUAUCCACUCCCUCCUCCCCACUCCCUCAAACCUCCUCUCGCUAAAUUGCAUCCUACAACCCACCCACCUCCCCCCCUCAACCGGCUACUCCACCGGCCGCUUCCUGCUCUCUAUCAGCAUCCCUCCGACCUACCCGAACAAUCCGCCUACCAUCACAUUCCUGACGAAAAUCUGCCAUCCGAACAUCGCGUGGGCGACGGGGGAGAUUUGUCUCGAUGUGCUGAAGGAGAACUGGACGCCUGUGUUGGGGGUCGUGGGUGCGUUGGAGAGCGUGGUUAGGUUGCUGGCGGAGCCGGGCGUGGAUAGUCCGUUGAAUGUUGAGAUGGGGGCUUUGCUGAGGCAGGGGGAUGUGGUGGGUGCGAGGGGGUUGGUUGGGUACUGGUGUGCGGAGGAGAGAUUUGAGGGGGCGUUGGAGGGGGGUGUUGGUGGUUGAGGUGGGAAGUGUUUGGAGAUGAUGGAUCUGGAGGUAAUGAGAUGACUUGGAUUCUAGGACUACCUAAGAGUGGUAUUGAUGGAGUUUCGUUGGAAGGGCGUUUGUGUUCAGAUAUCAUGGCAUAAGGAGCGUAUAAGCAAGCGAGCGAGCGAGGAUACCAAACUUCAGACACAUGUCAGAGAUGGAAGGCUUCAG